AUGGGAACGCAGACAAGUAAAAAACAAAGUGAACGUCAUGUGCUGGCUGAGGCGCCCAAAGUUGCCGUCACGUCGUUGGACAGAGCACAGCUGGAACUGAAGCUGCAGCGUGACAGGCUUAUGGCUGCGAUUAGAAGAUACGAAGUUGUUGCGCGGGAGGAGCGUACCAAGGCUGGGGAUUUCUUGCGUGCUGGCAAUCGUCGUAAGGCGUUGUACUGCCUCAAGCGGGAAAAGAUACAGCAGUCACAAAUCACAAGUGUGACGGACAUGCUGGACAAUGUACAAAGAGUGCUUGACACCGUUGAGUUUAGCCAGAUUGAGGUGGAGGUGUUGGAUGCGCUAAAAGGGGGCAAGGACGAGCUUUCAAAGCUUAAUGCGUUGUUGAACGUGGACGACAUCACCGAGUUAAUGGAUGAUACCGCAGAGACAAUCGAAGAAGCCCGUCGCAUCAACAAUGUCUUGGCACAGCCGCUAGCAGGAUACGAGGAUGAGGACGCCCUUCUGGCGGAAUUGGUUUCCCAAGGACCCACCAAUGCCUUUGCUGCAGAGGUUGCAGUGGAGAAUGUGGCCAUUCCAACACACAAGCUCGCGAAACCCACGGUAGUUGAGGGUCAUGCAACUGAGGGAGCGUCUGAAAAAAUUGGGCUCGCUGCGUAG